AUGUACCACUCACCAGCCAUCAUCCUGGCUGCCGCCGGCCUGGCGAGCGCCUUCACCAACACCAAGGUUGAGUUCUUCAUGCGCAAGAACAUCGACCCCAUCGUCAUCCCGGGCCAGUACAAGAGCCACAUGCACAGCUUCUUCGGCAGCGAUGCUGUCAACGUCAACCUGAGCACCACCGCCGAGCUCCAGGAGGGCUGCGCUACGGCGCAGAACCCCAACGAUCUGUCCGUAUAUUGGAUCCCGACCCUCUACCACGUCGAGGGCAGCAAGCGCACCCCCAUCGAGCCUGUGAGCUUCACUGCGUACUACAACUUCGACAAGGACCCUGCCGAGGUCCCCAUCCCGCCCAACUUCAACGUCGUCGCCGGCAACGCCGAGGCCAAGACCGAGAAGGACCUCAUCGAAGGCUCCGACAUCGCCUGGCUGUGCCAGAACCAGAAGUUUGACGCCGGCGGCAAGGCCAACUCCCAGUUCCCGCAGAGCACCUGCUCCACCUCCCUCCAGUCCGUCCUCUGGUUCCCUGACUGCGUCGACUCCAAGACCCUCAAGAGCGCCUACUCGAACAAGGGCUCCUGCCCCGACGGCAUGAAGCGCAUGCCUCAGCUGCGCUUCAGCAUCCGCUACGACACCAAGAAGGCGAUCCCCGGCGGCUGGAAGGGUGAGCCUCCCCUGGAGCUGGCUUGCGGCCCCAGCUACUGCUUCCACGGCGACUUCGUCAACGGCUGGCUCCAGGAAUCCGCGGAGAAGAUGGUUACCGCGCUUACCAGCAAGAGGAGCUGGCAGGCCAUCGACGGCCCCAACGGCAAGUCCAAGGCGGGCCCCAAGUGCAAGAAGGGCUCCGCGAAGGACUCUGACCCCGAGAACGGCACGAGCGACUACGCCGAGAGCGUCAAGGCGAUGGCCAAGAGGAGGGUCAGCAUGAAGAAGAGAAUCGGCAUGUAA